GGCAAUAUCGCAGUGGUUAUGUCGUGGCUGAAUACAAUGGAAGGGUCAUAGUCGAUUGGCGAAAAAUGUUACUCUAAAUUUUAUGUUGUGAUGAUUGCAGCGAGCAAAGGGGCCGUAUCGCGCGGAGAGAACAUGCACUGGUGGUAGUUUUAGGAGACAAAGUAUUUGUAAUGACGAGUGAGGCGUAAAGACGUGGAGAAGGAAAUCAGCCAUGCGACUUGUAUUUCGCGGUGCACGUGUGUCCGUUAUGCACAUGGCCAUAGUGGUCUUUUUCGUAUGUAUCUUAGGUGCGGUCGUAAAAUAUUUGGCUUCUAUCCGCCGUGUCACUGAGUAUGCGCCAGUGGCGGACACCCAGUGUGGAGAAGUACGGGGCAGCUGGGAACAGGGUGCUGCCGUGUUCCGAGGAAUUCCCUAUGGUAGGGCACCUAUCGGAGAUAGACGCUGGAUGCCUAGUCUUUCAAUGGAGAAGUCAGACGGAUCAUGCUGGACAGGUACGUGGAAUGCCUCUCAUUUCGGCAAUGUCUGCGCCCAGAUGAAGACGGGAAUGACUCCGGGGAGCCAUGGACAACAGAUGAUUGGUAAUGAAGAUUGUCUGUUCAUCAACGUCAUCACACACAACAUAGCGGGAUCUAAUGUACGUGUGCGUGCACCGCGCCACAGUGCUGGAAGGAGAAAUGUGUUGCUCCCUGUUGCUGUGUGGCUGCAUGGUGGAGGGCUUAUGUUUGGGUCCGGGGGCGAGGAAGCCGGAUACGCUCCCAAUCUUCUCUUUGCCAAAAAUACCGGUGUGGUGGCUGUCAGUUUCAACUACCGACUGAACGCGUUUGGAUUUCUCUCUCUUGAUGUGCUGGACAAGGGGAGAGGCUCUGGCAACUACGGUUUCUACGACCAGAUACUGGCAUUGAAGUGGAUCCAGGAGAACAUUGCUGCUUUCGGUGGCGACAAAGAUCGAGUGACAGUGUACGGACAGAGCUCCGGUGGCACUAGCAUUGUGGCUUUGCUUUCGUCGCCGUUGGCACGGGGUUUGUUUCAUGGUGCUGUUAUGAUGAGUGCCUCCACAACGAUCAAUGCUACAUUGGCAGAGGCUAACCGUACCAACCAAGUGUUCCUGUCUGGCAGUGGGUGCUUCACGGCAAAGUGCUUGCGUGCACUGUCAACGGAGAAAAUCCUGUCUCUCCUACCCCUGUACAAGUAUCCGGAUUGGGCGGGUGGUGAUACAGCGUUCUUGCCUACGUACAAUGUCACCGUGGGUCCGCUUGCAGUUGUCGACGGCACACUCCUCACCGAACCGUCUCUGAGUACCAUCUCCAAGGGCGAGGGAAAUGACGUGCGAAUCAUCGUCGGCUCAACUGGCCAAGAAGUGGACAUUGCACCACCGCCAGGCAUAACCAACUACACCUGGCAUGAAUAUGACCAGAAUGUAAAGGAGCACAUGCUAACAUUCCCGGCUGCAGCGGCGUCUGGACACAAUCACUCAACCAGUCUCUUUCAGGAGGUCAGCCGUCUGUACCCGCACGACUUUGCAUCACCGCCCAGCGGUGGUACGUGCGUGACCGGCACACCGGAAUAUCUGCUCACCAGUAUGAUCUCGGACAUCAGAGUUACCUGUCCUUCCAUUCUCCUAGCACAGUACUAUGCAAAGUAUUUCAAGUCACAAGUCUACAGCUACGUAGCUGUGCAGUGCCCGUCAGCUACGGCCCGUGAGUAUCCGGCCAGAUAUUCGUACCACACAUGGGAUUCAAAUUUGCUGUUCAAUUUAACAUUUCCACCCAAGCCCGGCUUCAAGCCAGAUGCCAAAGACUGGGCACUGGUGACUAUGAUGCAGGCCUGGUUCUCUAAAUUUGUUCAUGGUGAAGUACCCCAUCCACAAUGGAAGACGGUUGAGCACGGAUCAUUCUCCCUGAUUUAUAAGCCGGAAAUGCGUGACUUGUAUCACCGAGAGCAGUGUGACUUUUUCAACCAGCAUGGGUUUAUCCCAUACCAGUGGAUAAACUAAAUCGAGCCCCCUCCCCCCGUACUGUUAGGGUGAGUCACUCCACACGGAGCCUUUGCCUUUGCUGUGCUCUCCACCAAACAUGUUCAGGCCCUAUAUAAUAUAAUUAUUCACCUUGAGCUGGAUUUGUGGAUCUACCGCAUGUGGCGUUUACACCAGAUUAUACUUUUCAUUCACAACCAGGUUUACAAGACUUAGCAUUUUGACUGAAGUUGGAAGUCAUUUGCUUCUUCA